GUUAGUCUGGAGAACACUUCCGCCGAAUUAUUAUCAACAAUGGCAGUCUGUGUCGCAGUUAUCGGCAAAGAUAAUUCGCCUUUAUAUAUCGGUGGUAUUGGCAACGAUACAAGCACUGAUAAUGAACUGUCUCGUCAAUGGCUCGUGCACACCGCGUUGGAUGCUCUGGAAGAGAGACUUGCAAGUACUAACACUAAUAACACAGGUGCCAAUACGACCGCCGCUCGCACCGAUCUGAGAGAUCUCUACUUAGGUCUACUAUAUUCGACCGACACUCAUAAAAUCUACGGCUAUGUGACUAAUACGCGCAUCAAGCUGGUUCUAGUGACCUCGUCUACGUCUCCCAGCGGAUCCAAUAUUCGUGAUGCUGAAGUGAGAACCGCGCUCCGCCGCCUGCACGCACUCUAUGCUGAUGCCAUCUGUAACCCAUUCCAUUUGCCUGGAGAUCAAAUAACUUCCCUGAAAUUCGACAAACAAGUCAAGACUAUUAUGCUUAACAAUGUUUGAACCUGGUUUCCUGAGCAUGCUUAAGUGAAGUACAGUCAUCAUCACCAAAAGACACUUAAGGAUAUUUGUCAUCUAAAUCCGUGACAUUAUUGAAUAAUGUUCGAAGCUUAAAUGUAGGCUCUGUAUUAUGUAUCCUAAAUGCCAUUGUUAUAUAAAAACAUUAUUUAAUAAUUGAUGCUUCCCUUGCGUGUGACGCUGCUAAAUGCUGGUGACUGUACACAAUUUUUUUUAUUAUUAAUAAUUUUGUAAUUUACUUUAAGUUUAUUGGCAUCAAUCAGUUGAUGUUUGACUGUUUAUAUCCUUAAUAUUAUGCUUAAUAAAUGAAUCUUUAUUUACUGGU